UCCAGCACUCUGCAACUCACAAAACAGCACUGAAGGACAACAUGCCUCAGACACCACCGUUCACGGGGCAGCUGAACUCCGGCGGCUACAACAAGAACCUGUACCAGACCAAGGAGGAAGGCUACCCCGGCCUCUAUUACCAUGACAACAACCUGGCGUCCGGGUCCCUGGAGGCCCUCAUUCACCACUUGGUCCCGACUGUAGACUAUUAUCCAGAUAGGACGUACAUCUUCACCUUCCUGCUCAGCUCUCGUCUCUUCAUCCGCCCAUACGAACUCAUGUCGAAGGUGUGUCACCUGUGCAUGGACCAACAGCGACUCAGCGAUCCUCAAGCUGACAAGAUGAGAGUCAGAAAAAUCGCUCCCAAGAUCAUCCAGCUGCUGACAGAGUGGACAGAAACCUUCCCGUACGACUUCAGGGACGAGAGGAUGAUGCGGAGCCUGAAGGAGCUGACCCACCGGCUGGCCAGUGGAGACGAGGUUUACAGGAAGGCGGUCAGCCAGAUGAGCCAGGGUCUGAUCAGGAGGUUGACAGUGCUCAGCCAGUACGAGGAGGCGCUGGUCAAGAUCAACGCCACGGCGGCAGAGCGACUGACGGCUCUUAAGGCGAAGCCCCAGGCGGCCAUCCAGAGAGACAUGCUGUCCAUCUGCAACGACCCGUUCACUGUAGCCCAGCAGCUCACGCACAUAGAACUGGAGAGACUGAGUUACAUCGGACCUGAAGAAUUCGUGCAGGCGUUCGUCCAGAAAGACCCUCUGGACAAUGAUAAGAGCUGCUUCAGUGAUCACAAGAAGGCCAGCAACCUGGAAGCUUAUGUCGAAUGGUUCAACAGACUCAGUUAUCUGGUGGCUACAGAAAUCUGCAUGCCUGUGAAGAAGAAGCACCGAGCUCGAGUCAUCGAGUUCUUCAUCGACGUGGCGCGCGAAUGCUUCAACAUCGGCAACUUUAACUCCCUCAUGGCCAUCAUAUCUGGGAUGAACAUGAGUCCUGUGUCCCGGCUCAAGAAGACCUGGAGUAAAGUCAAAACGGCCAAGUUUGACAUCUUGGAACACCAAAUGGAUCCUUCCAGCAAUUUCUACAAUUACAGAACGGCACUGAGAGGAGCCACGCAGAGGUCGAUCACCGCCAACAGCAGCAGAGAGAAGGUGAUGCCUCAACGCAACAACACACAAAAUGAUACUUUCUCUCACAUUUCUCUCAAGCAAACCUUCAUCAGCGUGCAGAGCCCCUUACAGUAA